GACAGUUUGCAAGGACACCCCGAAGGAGGCGCGUCAGCUCUCGGACUUCCUCCGGGCUCCGCUGCUGAUUGGCUCCCGGAGGUUUUAAGAAACCCAGGGAAGAACGCUGUAACCUUGCAGAAACUUGCUGCUGCUGCUGCUAGGCUCUAUUCUCCGGGCUCCGGUUUCUCCCCUCCCCGCCUUUGCCCACCCAUCCAACUCUUCUCUCCGCAGCCGCGGCAAUGGGACAGCUGAACCUGGCAAGGCUGCGGUGCUUCUGCGUGGUGUCCACCGCCCUGGUCGCUCUGCUCGCCUACUAUGUGUACAUACCCCUGCCCGCCAACAUCUCCGAUCCCUGGAAGCUGAUGCUGCUGGAUGCCACCUUCAGGAGCGCGCAGCAGCUGAGUCAUCUGAUCCAGUAUGUGGGCCUCAGCCAUCAUCUCAUCGCCCUGAAUUUCAUCAUCGUCUCUUUCGGCAGGAAAAGCGCAUCGUCGUCUCCGAAAGUUCAGAUUACCGAUACUGAUUUUGACGGUGUUGAAGUCAGAGUUUUUGAAGGUUUCCCAAAGGCCAGAGAACCAUUGAAAAGUGGUAUUAUUUACAUCCAUGGAGGAGGAUGGGCCCUGGCAAGUGCAAGAAUUAGCUAUUAUGAUGAUCUCUGUUCAACUAUGGCCGAGGAACUGAACGCUGUCAUUAUCUCAAUUGAAUACAGGCUGGUGCCACGGGUCCAUUUUCCAGAACAACUCUACGAUCUAGAACGGGCUGCCAAGCACUUCCUACAGCCUCAGGUCCUAGAGAAGUACUCUGUUGACCCAGCAAGAAUAGCCAUUUCUGGAGACAGUGCCGGCGGAAAUUUGGCAGCAGCUCUGGGUCAGCAGUUUAGCAAAGAUGACACCUUCAGGAAUAAAAUCAAGCUCCAAGCUUUGAUCUACCCAGUCCUCCAAGCUCUUGACUUCAACACCCCAUCCUACCAGCAGAACGUGAACUCCCCAAUCCUGCCCCGUCACGUCAUGGUCAGAUAUUGGAUCGACUAUUUAAGAGGGAACCAAGAUUUUGUCCAGGCCAUGGUAGUCAACAACCAUACCUCCUUGGAUGUGGAGCCGGCUGCCACUCUCAGGGCACGGCUCGACUGGCUUUCUCUUUUGCCUGCAUCCAUCACCAAGGACUACAAACCUGUCAUGCAGACAGUGGGCAAUACUCGGAUUGUCCAAGACCUCCCCGAGCUCCUGGAUGCACGUUCAGCCCCACUGAUUGCCGACCAGGAGGUCCUUCAGAACCUGCCAAAGACUUAUGUCUUGACCUGUGAACAUGAUGUCCUCAGGGAUGAUGGCAUUAUGUAUGUCAAGCGCUUGGAGAGUGCUGGAGUUGAUGUGACCCAUGACCACUUUGAGGAUGCCUUCCAUGGCUGCAUGAUUUUCACUUCCUGGCCCACCAAUUUCUCAGUGGGAAUUCGGACUAGGGACAGCUACAUCAAGUGGCUAAAGCAAAACCUAUGAAGAGAGGUGCAUCCCAGAGAGGGCACAUGAGCCCCUCUUGACCAACUACAAUCACUAGGGAUUGCUGAGCACUUUCUGACUUCCCCCAGGUGACCACCAGGCCAUGGUGCUCUUGCCGGGGAGAGGCCAAAUGAUGAAUUUUGAUGAACUUGACUAAUCUCUGUCAAUAGAGAAAACUUGAAUUUAUUCCCCAAACUGAACUAACCAGCCUUCUGGUCUACCCAGAUGGCUGCCAAGGUCCCAAACUACCAAAGGAUUCUGGGAAAGCAGAUUCUUCCCUUGGAAGAGGCUCUUUAUACCAGAAGACCUUUUAUGAAGGAAACUUGACAGUCCCCUCUAAUGAAUUUUAUGUAAAUCUGGUUCAUUUUUACAAAUAACUUAUUUAUAAAUCAGUUGAUUACUUAAAGUUCUAAAAUGCACCCUUCCAUGCCAUCCCUACUCAUUAAAUGCCUCUGUUCCUCUUUUGCCCAGAUGGUCUUUCCGGUAGGGACACAGGCUUCAUUCCUCCCAAGCUUGGAUAAUCCACUAAUCCUUUGGCAUUAUACUUUUUCUUUAACAUUGACUUUUAACCACAGUUAUUAGAGAAAAAAAUCUUUAGUAUGAUUUACACUGGAUUUUGUACAUAGUUAAAGUUUUUGUUUUCGUGUGGCGUUAGAGUACGUACAAUCUCCGUGGGGUGGGGGUGGGGGGUGGAGAGGGAUUUGGGGGUAAAUGUAUUUCAUUUGAGAAUGAACUUUCUAUAGAUAAUAAAUGGGAAAGGCCCAUCCACUGAAAGAUUAUUUUUAAUAUGUAAGUAUAAAUUACCUACAAGAAGAUAUAUACAUCUAUAAUGUGUGAGCAGGUAAGAGGACACAUUUACCACUAGGCUAAAGUUAUGGCAAAAUCCAUGAGAGCGCUUAGAAUCUAGUUUUGCAACUUCUUAACUCAUUCAUUUAUGAUGUAACGGAGUUUUUUGGUUGGUUUCAUUCUGCUGCAUUAGGCAUUUGGUAGAUUAUUUUUCUGCAAGUUUGUCAGUCUCCAAGGUGGUGUCACACGGUCAUUUCAAUCUGUCCCCUUUUCCCAGCCCCUACUGGGCCAUGUUCAUGGGCCGUUGAUGCACAACAUGUCAGGAGAUUGGCCAGAGCAGAUCCAAGUCCCAUGAGAAAGUAUCGCGGUGUUUUUAAUGAAUGCAUAUAUGGGAGUUUAAAUAGUUACAGACCAAAGUUUCUGCAUCCACUCAUUGCACAAGUUUCAAAUCUUUGUCUCUUAGUGGUUCGGGCUUAUCCUGACUUAGUUGCAUGGGACAAUAUGACAGUAUCUUCCCUUCUGGGCACAAUCUAUCUUGUUUGCUCCCUCUCUCUGCAGUAUUUUCCUCUGUUCCAGGGAGUAUUCCUGAGCACAAGGGAGAACAUUCUAGAAAAGUUUCUUCUGCCCAUGAUGGACCAUCUCAGACAGACCGUCCUCUCCAGCAGAACUAUCUCCCAGGCUACUGUGGCAGCCUUCCUCCUCUGUAUCUGUGGGCCAUACCCAUAACCACCUGGGGACCUACCUAGGGGAGCACAAAAGCAUUGCUUAUACAUCUGAGGAGCAGAAAUGGUAUUCCCCUAUUGAUAAGGAAUAGAUAUCCUUCACUUUUUCCAACAGCCAGCUCCCUUCCACAAGUCAGGGCUACCACAGAGGGGGUGUGGGAUAGAAGAAGCUCAGGGUAAUAAAUAGUCAAUAUUAUCCUUUUUUUUUUUUAUUGCAUUUGAUGAGCCAGAGGCCACAAGCAUUUCUCGCUUCAAACAAAAGUCAUGACAACAAUAAAUAAUUAAAGAACCCAGCUAUUGAUCAGACAGAUGUUGCUCUUUGUUCCUCCCCAACUCCCUCCUCCCAAGGCAUUACCGGACAUAAAUAGAGACUGUCGUCACUGUUUCACCAAAGAUUUACUUCAUAAAAACUUGGGAUUUUAACUUUGGCCCCAUAUAAUAAUAAUAAGCCACCCCUUAUAAAAACUGUUUUGUCUUUAAACUGUGAUUCAAAGACCAAAGUUAGAGUCAUGCUAUGGGUUGUACGCAUUUUUAAUGAUUUUUGCUGCUAAGAUAAGAGAUAACAAUAGCACGUUUCUCAAGAACUUCUGAAAAAUCACAUCUUUUAGAAUAGCGAAGAAGACUCCCCUAGGGGACCGAGUGAUCAGAUUGAGACAGGAGGCCUCCCAUAGAAAUUCUCUUAUUUCACUAAAAAGAGAUGAUUAAAAACGUAUGCGUUGCCAGCCUUCUGACUUUUAGAGUACCGUGGACUUGAACUAGGCUGGGAAGGCUAGGCUUGUCCUAAUUUCAUCCCCCCAACUCUCGCUAGAAUGAAAUUCAUAGACUUGUAGAAUUAGAACUGAAGAGACCAUCAAGGUCACCUGGUCUAUUUCACAAAUGAGGAAACUGAAGCAACAAGAUUUUUUGAAAAGUGAUUUGACUAAAGUUGCAUAAUUUCUGGGAAUGAUGACAAUUAGUGAUCAUGGGCAAGGACGCACUAAAGGCUAUAAGAUCAACUUGAAAACUUGGAGGAAUUUUUAUGAGGAGGGUUCUCCAGUGGUCAUCUUUAGACACUAUUUUUUCUUUUUAAAGAAGUUUUAUUUAGAUAUUUAAAGUUUUGCACAUUGUGUCAAUGCCAGGGGCUCUUUUUUUUCUUUUAUAAAAACGUGUUUCAUUUUUAGAAGUUCCUUGUACCUUCUUGGUAUCAGUGUUGUGUAUGUGAAGCGUGAAGAAAAAGCCUUCAGGAAGUUAAAUACUGUAGAAAAAAAGUUAAUGAUAAAUUUGCUUUAAUGUUUAAACUUUUACUUGUGAAGAAUUGAAGAUCAGCUCAAUGUACUUUGCUUGAGGGUUCUGCAUGACCUUUGGCCCUUUUUUGGUUUGUUUUUUUUUUUUUUUUUUAGUUCCUAACCUAGAAAAGGGAAUAAAGAGAAAGAAUUACAAAGC